GAUGAUGCUACAGCGAAUCGACGAUUAGCGACGAAGCUCGACAGGAAAGACUGGGAACGCAAUCAGGAUGCCACGGCGCCGAAAGUCGAGCGGCGACUCCAACUCCUCUGUGAGCUCUUCCGGCCUUCAGGAGAAGCCCCUUCAGAGGAACGCCGCCAACGCGCGGGAGCGGACCCGCAUGAGGAUACUCAGCAAGGCGUUCACACGACUGAAGACGACGUUGCCGUGGGUGCCCUCGGACACAAAGCUGAGCAAGCUGGACACGCUGCGGCUGGCCUCCUCCUACAUCAAACACCUGGCGGCCCUGCUCGAGUCGGAUCCCGACAGUCUCGGCGACAACGUCUACCCCCACCCGGCGCUGAUGAGCUGGCCAUACACCGCCCAAAAGGCCUGGUCGGAGCAGGCAGCCGCCCAGCCGGAGGUCAGCCGAGGUCAAGGUCAGCCUCAGGGUCUGGCAGCUCCGAGUUCGCAGGAGGAGGCGGCGUUUGCUCCGGUGGAGUACGCCUGUUACGGCGGCGCUCAGUACGACACCAACUACAACUGCCUGCGGUAGAGGAGACGAUGGAUCGGAACACGGACAUAGGAACAGUGCUGUGGCUGGAGAAAGGUGCUGGAACAGUCUGGAGAUCGACGUUAGCUGAUGGCUGCGGCUCUAAGGUGCUAAUGAAGAUAUGGAACGCAUGCAGUGUUCAAAUCAUUGAUAAAUAUGUAAGAUGCAAUUGCACAUGCAUGAUGUUCAAUUAAUUGACAGUGUCCCGCUAAGAUAGUGCAACCGUGCCUAAAAUGAAAUAGCACGUAUAUACUUAGAGAUUCCCAUUAAAAAAUUGAAUGGUAUCGUAGCCAUCAAAUGAAAUCAAUUAAAUUAUGCGGCUUAAUUUCAACCAUAUAAAUAGGUACAUUAAAUGUAGUCACGUUAGUAAUUGAAAAGUCAAUACGGUGACAAGCAAUACCAGCGUAGAAAACUAAACAAAAUCGAGUAUUGAACAAAGUGUGUCUUUUGUAGACGAAAAGACGGUUUUUAGAAUGCUGUGAGGAAAACUUUCCUUGUCGCACGAGUGUGAAACUGAACUAUAUAUUAUCUCUCUCUUGUUAACCCGCGCCCUGGUGGGGGGGGGGGCUAUUUUUUGCCCCCCCCCCCUCCAGACUUUUCGAUAUAUCUCCAGAACCGCUGCGCCAAUCGCCACCAAACUUUCAGUACCCUCUCGGACAUCAAUUUUACACAUCGUGACCAAAAUUUUUCCAAAGGCUAUGAUAGGUUGGCUGGAAAUGACGUCAGAGUGACGUCAUGUUCUGCCGUUUUCGACCAAAAAAAGGGUUUCGAGGGAAGAGCUGUCAGGCCUAUAGCUUUGCAAAUACAGAAAAACGACAAGACAUAAAAUAUGUAAAAUUGACAGGGCUACAAAACUGCUAUCUCGGAUUUUUGAAAUUUUUGGAUUUUGACCCCCAAAAAUCAAAAAAUAGAUUUUUUGAAUAUAAUAACCGAAAAAUCCAAAAAGUUUUUGGAGUUUCGCAAAAAUCGGAAUAUAUAUGAUAGUCCUUACCGCCUUCUAUCCACAUACCAAAUUUGAGAUUGAUACCUCAUUUUUUGGCGAAGUUAUAGCGAAAAAAACUGUUCAAAAUUGAUGACGUCAAAUUUUCAAACUCAAUUUUUAGCAAUUCUAGACCCCGUAGCGCAAAACAAAGACCACCAUUAGACUCCCCGUGACGAGCUGCAUCGAAUCAAUACCCAUUUUGUGCAAAACUAUCAACUUUAAAAUUUGACCUUUCUUGACCUGACCUUGACCUGACCUUCACCAGAAAGUGACCUAAGCCGUACCUGAUAGUCUUAUAACCAACACCAUUGAGUUGGAAAUGAAAAAUUGGCCAUAAAACAUGCAUCGCACAACCUAAGUACCUAAUGUUAGGUUCAUGUGACCUGACCUCUGGGCUCUGACCCUUGGUGACCUGACCUGUGACCUGACCUGGUAUUGUCAGUGACCUCUUAUAGCAACAUAUGUACUAGGCAACUGACGCCCUAUCGCUGAUUCUCGACAAAAUGCGUUUUCUUCGGUGUUAUAGCGCAUUCCCUAGAUGACCCGUGAACGGUGAAACAUGUCAUCUUUGACCUGACCUGUGACGUCAUCGGUGACCCCGAGGUCAAUGAAAUUUGGUUUCCCUCAACAAAUUUGACAGGCCUUUCGAACGCCGUUUGAAUUUUGAGGAUCCGUCAAGUAGUUUCGGAGAUACGAGGGGGGGCAAAAAAUAGCCCCCCCCCACCAGGUCGCGUUAUAAACAGACCCCACCAGGGCGCGGGUUAAAUAUUCGCCCUUAUGGACGAAGAAUAGAUCGGAGUCAAUGCACGUUGUGAUCGUAUGUAAAGCAUCGUCAUUCAUCGAUUGGGUAAUGGGUACAUGAGCCGAAUGACAUGGCAGCCGCAGCUAUAAGUGCCGGCUCAUUCAACAUGGAGCUGCCGCCGACCUGUGUCAUGCAUUGGAAUUUCAUUCUCGGAGUAAAUAACUUUUUCAGUUUUCGCUUAAAGCUCUAUUAAGCCAUGUGAAUGAAAAGCACUGUCUGAUUUUAGACGCUGCAUUUGAUGUAUUUUCAUUGGCUAUUUGGCCUCAAUACACAUUCGUUUUCUUGUACAUACUU